AUGGAAAUAGAUAAUGUUUUACCCAGUCGAAAAUUUGCAUUCAGUAUAGGUCAUUUUCUUAAUGAUUUAUGUGCAUCUGUAUGGUUUUCUUAUUCACUUGUAUUCUAUCAUCGUGUAGCAAAAUUUUCAAAUAGUUUUGCUGGUUAUCUAUUAUUAAUUGGUCAAGUAGCAGAUGCUCUAUCAACUACAUUUGUUGGUUUUGCUUCAGAUAGAACGAAAUAUGGUCUAUGUGGUAAACGAAAAUCAUGGCAUUUGCUCGGAGUCAUUUGUGUACUUUGUUCAUUUCCAUUUUGUUUUCAAUUACAAUAUCCAAGUCUUUCAAUUAUAUUUCCAUCAUCAUCAUUUCUUUAUUAUACAAUUUUUAUAAUUUUAUUUCAAUUUGGUUGGGCAUGUUCACAAAUUGGACAUUUAGCAAUGUUAAAUGAAUUAACACCAAAAGAUGGUGAACGUGUUGCAUUAAAUGCUUAUCGACAUGCUUGGUCAAUUGUUGCAAAUAUAUUUGUUUAUGCUGUUACUUGGUUAUUACUUGAUAAUAAUCAAAUAAAAGAUAAUAUUCAAAUGAAUGCAAAUGUUUUUCAAACGUUGACUACUGUUAUUAUUAUUACUGGUUUUUUUACAUCUCUGAUAUUUCAUUUAGGUUCAAAAGAAGUAACAUUUGCAACAAAAUAUUAUAAACCUCUUUCAUCUCCAACUCGUACAUGGCGUGAUUUUUUAUGUGAUAGUCAAUUUUAUUUUAUUUCAAUUAUUUGGAUGUUAACACGUGUUAUAAGUAAUGUAUCACAAGUUUAUCUACCAUUAUAUAUUAUGGAUACAACAGAUGCAAGUCAAGUAGAUCGAACAUUAAUUGCAACAGGUCCAUUAUGUGUUUAUGUUAGUGGUUUUAUAACAUCAUUUCCAAUGCGUACAAUCAAUCAAUAUCUAGGACGAAAAAUAACAAUGAUUGUUGGUCUUGUUACUAUUCUUUUAUCAUCAUUUUUAUUUUGGUAUAUUUUUUCAUUAAAAGAAAUUUUUGGUAUAUCAAUGCAAAUUACAAUUCUUUGCGGUGCAAUAUUACUUGGAAUUGGAAUAACAACAGCACAAAUUACAUCAAGUGCAUUUACAUCGGAUUUAAUCGGACAAAAUACAGAAAGUAGUGCAUUUGUUUAUGGAACUAUGUCAUUUUUGGAUAAACUAGCUAAUGGAUUAAUCAUUGCUUUGAUUCAACAAUAUAAUCCUUGCAGUACAUGUACAAGUUGUUGUUCAUUGUUUUAUCGGAGAAUUCUUUCUUUUAUACCUGGCAUUAUUUCUAUAUGUACAUUAAUAGUAUUAGCAAGUAUUGGACGUAUGUAUCGUGGUGUUGGAAAGAUAGAUGCAUCACCACAAUCGAUAAUUUCUUUCGGAAAUCGAAUAUUACAACGUACUAUGAAAAUGAUAUUAACAAAAAUUCUAUGA